UGAACAGCUGUUCGCUCUCGAAGGUCAUUAACGGUGUGAAAAGCAGCUCUGACUCCGUUCAGUGAUGGAACCUCUCAGCGAGGGUUGUGAUUGAUUGAAGCGCAGAAAAGAGUGAGGUUCCUCAGUGCGGUAGCAGACGACAGACGUAUCCCUUCCUCUCGGUAGUCAUCGUCGCUAGUGGUGAAGGAGUCGGAGAACCACUGCUCGUGAGCCCACCACUAAGCCAGUCAGGCCGCUUGCAGCGCUCUGCACGUAAACAGUAGUGCAAGGUUAGACGGAGGCAGCAGAGGAGACUCAGAGAGCAACUCUGGGUCUACCACUUUCUCGACACCAUCCAGAGUCUGAAGACGGAAACACUCCUAGUUCUCCAUCGGCGAACAUGAACAAGACCGUAGCUACGAAGGGGCUCAACCCCGGAGCUCACAAGGGAAAGGUGAUAGGGGUUUUCACCUCCGGAGGAGACUCCCAAGGUAUGAAUGCCGCAGUCCGUGCAGUUGUCCGCAUGGGAUUGUACUUGGGUGCCCGAGUUUUCUUCAUUCGAGAAGGAUAUCAGGGAAUGGUCGAUGGCGGAGCCAUGAUCGAGGAGGCCACUUGGGUGUCAGUCUCGGGAAUUAUCCAUAAAGGUGGCACCAUUAUUGGUUCUGCUCGAUGCAAGGACUUCCGCGAGCGGCAAGGACGUUUGCGAGCGGCUCAUAAUCUAAUCAAGCAUGGGAUAACAAAUCUGGUGGUUAUCGGAGGAGACGGAUCACUAACGGGAGCGGAUCUCUUCCGUCGGGAGUGGUCAUCAAUCCUAGAUGAACUCUUGGAAAUCGGAAAAAUUACACCGGAUGAACGCAAGAAGUACUCCCAUCUCAACAUUGUGGGCAUGGUCGGCUCUAUCGACAACGACUUUUGCGGAACAGAUAUGACAAUCGGCACGGAUUCGGCUCUGCACCGUAUUCUGGAAGCUGUCGACGCGAUCGUCACCACGGCAUCGUCUCAUCAGAGAACGUUCAUCCUCGAAGUUAUGGGACGGCAUUGUGGAUAUUUGGCCCUGGUCGCAGCUCUCGCCUCUGAGGCUGAUUUUGUUUUUAUCCCCGAAUGGCCUCCCGAGGGUAAUUGGCAGGAGAUCCUGUGUACGAAACUCCUCCGAGAACGAGAAGGGGGCCAACGAUUGAACAUCAUCAUCGUCGCGGAGGGUGCGAUGGAUCGGGAAGGAAAGCCCAUCACGGCGGACGACGUCAAGAAAGUCGUCGUCGAUCGUCUCAAUCAAGACACUCGAGUCACCGUCCUCGGUCACGUACAGCGCGGAGGGUCACCAUCAGCUUUCGAUCGAGUUCUCGGCUGCCGAAUGGGGAAUCAAGCCGUGAGAGUUCCCCUCAUGCAAUGCGUCGAAAAAACUAAAGAAGUCGGGAAGUGCAUGGCCAAUAAGGAUUGGCAAAACGCCGUCAAGUUGAGGGGGACCUCUUUCGAACGCAACUUGCUCACCUAUAAAAUGCUGACCCGACUGAAACCACCGAAGCUCAACAAUGAAGGCAAGAAGGGAUUCAUCAUGGCCGUCAUGCACGUUGGAGCCCCAUGCUGCGGCAUGAACGCCGCCGUCAGGUCUUUCGUACGGAACUGUCUCUAUAGAGGUGAUACAGUUCUGGCGAUUCACGAAGGCAUCGAGGGUCUCCUCGAGGAAAACAUAAAACCUGUUGAAUGGCACGACGUGGCCGGCUGGGUCGGUCAAGGAGGAGCGUUCUUGGGUACUAAGAGAACUCUCCCUGAAAAACAAAUGCCGAGGGUCGUCGAAGUCCUGAAGAAGUUCAACAUCCAAGGACUGCUGGUCGUCGGAGGCUUUGAGGGCUUCCAUGCCGUUCAGCAAUUGGCCGACGCGCGAGCAACUUUCCCGGAAUUGUGCAUUCCCAUGUGCGUUGUGCCCGCAACCAUAUCCAAUAACGUUCCUGGCACCGAUUUCUCACUCGGAGCCGACACCGCGCUCAAUGAAAUCACUGAGAUUUGCGAUAGGAUCCGACAAUCUGCCCAAGGCACAAAACGGAGGGUAUUUGUCGUGGAGACAAUGGGUGGCUAUUGUGGAUAUCUGGCGACCUUAGCUGGUCUGGCGGGUGGUGCGGAUGCUGCCUAUAUUUUCGAGGAGAAGUUCUCAAUCAAAGACCUCAUGAACGAUGUGAUGCACAUGCAGGCGAAAAUGUCUGAAGGAGUCUCGAGAGGUCUGAUACUCCGCAACGAAAAAGCAAAUGAGAACUACAGUACCGACUUCAUCUAUCGACUCUACUCGGAAGAAGGAAAAGAAAUCUUCUCAACCCGCCAGAACAUCCUAGGUCACAUGCAGCAAGGAGGUAGCCCCUCUCCUUUCGACAGAAACUUCGGCACCAAAAUGGCUUCAAAAGCAGCAAACUUCCUCGUCGAGGCACUCAACAAGGGCCCUGAGUUCUGCAAGACACCGGAAUCGGCGGUGCUUCUGGGACUGGUCAAGCGUCAAUACCGCUUCACACCGAUCCAGGACCUGAAAAAAGACACCGAUUUCAAGACUCGUCUGCCAAUCGACCAAUGGUGGCUGUGUCUCCGGCCUCUUCUCUACACACUGGCGACGUCGGUUGCCUACCUGGAAAAAUCAGCCGACGAACGCAAGAGAGCCGCGCUCUGCUUCAGUCAAUCGAUCGCAGAAGACAUUGCGGAAGCACUUUACACCGAAACGUGCAACUAGAAUGAUCCUCAGAGCCCAGUGGUCGGUGCUUAGUGGAGGGAGUUUUCGCGAUUCCCAGCCAUCAGAAUCUCUCCGACACGAACACUUCCAGCUAGCUUAAUCACUUCGGAAGUGGCGAGAAACCGAUAUGAUGAGUGGACAAUAAUUACCCUCGGCGAUAUUUAACUAAUUUAGAUUGAACCCCUUCGGGCGAGAUCCACAUCAGGAUCGACUCAGAAACUAGAACUCGAAUUCGAUGGCAGAAUAGAUUCGCUUCUGUAGAGUGGUUUCACUUGUUACUGAUGGAAUUACACUCUGUAAUGAAGUGCUUUCAAGAAGUGAACACAGAUUGGACACUGAGAUUAUUAUUAUAA